AUGCGAGUGAUGAAUAACAUAUCCGACAAGCCUGCGUGGGAUAAAAAAGUUUUUGACGAGCAAAUCACUGCCAAAUGGCGUGAAGAGGUCUCCCAAAGUGGCCAGGAUGUAUCCUCUAGGAUGAUGGAUUGGAUAAUCGACGAGCUUCAAUGGAAAGCUAGAAUCCAUCAAGACAAAGGAGCCAUUUACGUCUUCGAUUCUGGCGUGGUCAAGUCUGACAUUGCGAUCUCUCAGCAGAUCCAACAGGCUUUGAAAGACGCUGUCGCCCCCUUGGAAAAUAUACCCGAAAAUGACAAAGACUACCAUCCAGGCUCUGAUCAGAAAGUUGUUGACCUGGUCCAUCCUUCGUUGUUCCCAGUUAUCUACGGCCGAACCCGUGUUCUACCAGACCGUGUGAUUGGCCUAGGCGACUGCCUCGGUAGUAUGGGAGAAGGUGAACCGAUCCCAGUCCCAUUAGAGAAAGAUUCAAGCAUUCCGCCACUGCCAUCAGACAGGGGUGAGAGUCCCACGGUUAUGAGCCGAAAAUUCCAAUGGCUCCCCUGCGACGUCGAAAUGACAAAGGAUGGUGGUUCUCGAAUCCUAUCGUACAUCAACAACGCUCAUCCUAUCAAACACCGAGCGCUAUACGAAGUCGUUGAAAAGAUCAUUGCGCAAACGAUUCCUCUCUGGAACAUGAGUCUGACAAACAGAGAUUCCGAUCGCCGACACAGAAUCGAGUACACGGGAGUCGAGUACGGUGAACCUCUCGAGCCGGAGCCAACGGUGCCAGAGGGAGACUAUGAUGAAGACAAACAUGGUGAGGACCAUUGGGCUUGGUUAGCUUCCAGACCGAUCAAGCAGCCCGAGCCAGGCCGGUUCGAUAGAACGUACACGCUAGAUUACUACGACAAAGCCGUUAAUCUGCGAGAGCAAUUCAAGGACCAGAACCUCCAGGUGAUUGUGAAACUAGCAAAUAUCGAGCUGACACCGGAGAAGCCCGACUAUGAGGGUGGCACCUGGCACAUAGAGGGCCAAUUGAAUGAACGAAUUUGCGCAUCGGCAAUCUACUACUACGACAGUGCCAAUAUCACAGAAAGCACAUUGGCCUUCCGCCACCGAGCUAUGGAUGAUUUCUACGGAUUCGACUAUGAGCAAGACCUCCACGAAUUCUUGCAGGUCGUCUACGGAUUCCCACCCGGAACCGACGGACACAACGUAUCUAACAAGACUCAACUCGACGGAAACGUCGUCUGCAAAGAAGGCCGAUUGAUCACGUUCCCGAAUACUCUGCAACACUGUGUCUCUCCAUUUGCACUGGCAGAUCGGACCAAAUCGGGACACAGGAAGAUUCUUGCACUGUUUCUUGUGGAUCCUCACAGGCGGGUCAUCUCGUCUGCAAACGUUCCUCCGCAAAGAGAGGAUUGGAGGGAGGACAAAGGUGAUUCGGAGAUGAUUGGGUCGUUGAUGACGAUGGAUGAGGCGAAGGAACAUAGGCUUGCGCUGAUGAAAGAGCGAAGUGUUCGGAUGAAGGAUAAUAAUCGCGACUUUGAAAAUGGGGAGUUUUGUCUUUGUGAACAUUAA